AUGCAGGAGCGCGGCGAGAUGCAGUAUUUUCUCAAGAAAGAAUAUUAUGUCGUGGAGGAGUUAUACCUAUGUUUACAAGGUGAUAUCAAGGACGCGCUCGCUGCUGCCGCUCCCACAUAUGUUCAUGGAACAAGUUCGCUGGAUAUCACGAUGUUUGAAGCUGUACAACAACAUGUGAAGUUACCUGCAAUUGUUUUACCUGUGUUUUCUAAUAACUAUGAAGAGUGGCCGACGUUUCAUGAUUUGUUUACGUCGUUAGUACAUAACAACACGAGUCUUAGUAAGGUUCAGAAACUGCACUAUUUAAAGUCAAGUAUCGCCGGUGAAGCCGCUGCAUUAUUGAAGCAUGUUACGAUUACAGAACAAAAUUAUGAGUUAGCCUGGGAGACUUUAAAGCAAAGGUAUGGUAAUAAGAGGUUAAUUGUGAACUCCCUUUUGAAGAGAUUGUUUAAUCAAAGGAAAGGUACUACGCAAACAGCUAUUCAAAUAAAACAUCUACUGGAUACUACCACGCAAUGUUUGAACGAUUUACAAAAUUUUCAAGUGAAUAUAAACGAGUGGGAUCCGUUCAUAAUAUACCUAGUGGUGAAUCGACUCGACAACGAAACUCAUAAGGGUUGGGAGGAACACGCCUACAGUUUGAAUGCUGAGCAGUUACCCAAGUGGACUGAAUUAAAAAAGUAUCUCGAGUCGAAGUUUCGCACGCUAGAACUGGUUAACCCUGUCACUGCUACCAUACCUAAAGAAGCAAAAACAAUUAAGGAAAAGUCUUACCACGUAUCAACAACAUCGAAGAGCUGUGUUUUAUGUAGGGAUGAACACACUUUAUGUCACUGUCAAGAGUUCACGAAAAUGUCACCUGUGGAGAGAAUCGACUAUGUGAAGAAAACUAAAUUAUGUUUCAACUGCCUCCUGCCUGGACAUUCUGCAUCACGAUGUCGUCUUUCCUUUUCAUGUCGUAUAUGCAAAAAGAGGCAUCACACCAUGAUACACCAAGCGCAGAAUGAGAGUCAGCUUACACACCACGAAGAAGACCCGCAGAAUGAUGAAGAAGUAGAAGUGGUGCAAAUUUCGUGUAACGUUGCCUGCAAGAAAUCCAAAGGCCUGUUAGCAACGGCAAUGAUAUCCAUAAGGGACGACGAAGGUCACGUGACUCCCUUUCGUUGUUUAAUUGAUCCAGGGUCAGAAUCAAGCUUUUUAAGCGAACGCGCAGCACAAGCGCUGCGAGUCAAGAGGUCACCUGUGAGAGGAGUUGUUACCGGUGUCGGCGACCUCCAGGUGAAGAUCAACAGCGUAACACAAGUUCAAGUAUUAUCAAAUCAAGAUGACAGUUUCCAGCUAGAUGUCAAAGCUUAUAUAAUGCCCUCAAAGCUCACAUCACAACUACCAUCAAGGAAGAUAAAGUAUGACCCACAAGCCUGGUCACACAUACAAGGACUCACUCUGGCUGAUCCUAAGUUCCACCAGCCAGGGCGAGUAGACAUGUUACUUGGUGUAAAAGUGUAUGCACAAAUACUAGAAGGCAAGGUUAAAAAAGGUCCACCUGGCACUCCAUGCGCCCAAGAAACUAGCCUAGGUUGGAUAAUAUUCGGAGACGUAGAAGGCACAGCAGACACUUUACAAGAAAACAUAGUUGUGAUGCAUCAUCAGGUCGACGUGGACGACAUGUUAAAGGCAUUUUGGGAGAUAGAUACUACAGAUACAAAGAAGAGUCACACGAAAGAAGAAGCAAGGUGUGAAAUGAUUUACAAGGAAACGCAUACAAGAAACGAAGAAGGAAGAUACAUAGUAACGUUACCAUUCAAAAAAGAAGAACCACAAAAGGACAAACAAGAGACAUCGCCAUGCUGA